AUGACAAAUAAUCACAAAACACAACACAUCCCUACUUUGUGGAGGGAUUCCAUCGGAAUCUUCCUCCCCAAACCCGGCAAAACCGACUACAACAAGGCUAAGAAGGGCUGCUCAACAGAAGCGGCACUUCAUAAAGUUACCCACACCAUUGAGCGCAGAAUAGCUAAGAAGGGAUAUGUCCUAGGAGUUUUUCUUGACAUAGAGGGCGCAUUCGACAACGUCUCGUUCAAAGCUAUUUCUGAUGCAGUCAGGGCCACGAAAGUGGACCUAGCUACAGCGCAAUGGAUCAUCAACAUGGCCACUAAUCGCUUUAUCAAUCUAAGUCAUAAGGAUAAGUCGAGAAGGGUACAGAUCAGGAGAGGCUGCCCCCAAGGAGGCAUUCUCUCUCCUUUUCUAUGGAACCUGGUAGUCGAUGAUCUCCUCUCCUUUACUGCGAAGGACAUACCGGGUUACCUGCAAGCCUUUGCAGAUGACCUGGCUUCACUAGCAGAAGGAAAUGACCUGGACAUCAUCUGGAACCGCACAUGCAAAACCAUCAAUAUGAUAGAAAAAUGGUGCCAAACCAAGGAUCUAUCUAUCAGCGCACUCAAGACUCAGAUAGUCAUGUUUACCUGGAAUACUAAGUGGACUUUGAGACCAAUAAAAGUUGGCAACAACAUUAUAGGUCUCUCGAAGUUGGCUAAAUUCCUAGGAGUGACAUUGGACAGCAAACUCAAUUUCAACGAACAUAUCAUCAACAUCACCAAAAAAGCCACGGCAUCCCUCAUGCAAUGUCGAAGAGCUGUCGGCCCCACAUGGGGUAUGAGCCAUAAAACUUGUAAAUGGAUGUUCACAGUGGUCAUUCGACCCAUUCUGUCCUACUGCUGUAGUAUAUGGAUCAGGGCAAUUGACACGGACUACAAUGCGAGGAAGCUCAAACGUGUGCAGGCAUUGGCACUGAGAAUGAUGUCUGGUGCCAUGCCAAGUACACCCUUCCUCGCAUUGAAUCACCUUACUGACACCCCAGACACCAUACUAUUCCUGAGGGGCGAAGCAGCGAAGGGGGCAGCAAGGCUUCAAGCCUACGGCAGCCUCACUCUUGAAACUAUCGCCCACAGGAAGGGAACUAUCAAAAACCACACCACAAUCAACAAACAAUUCAUGGAGGAUCUCAACAUACCACCUAGAGCCACAAGAGACCUCACAGCACCAACCAUGAUGCUGGGACGGCACUUCACCGUCACCACUCCUAGAACUAACAACACUGAAUACAGAACCGCACUCCAGCACACCAUCGACAACAUUACCAGUGAAACGAUCACCUGCUACACAGACGGGUCUCUAUCAGACUCCGGAAGUGGGGCUGGGUACAUCAUCACGACUGACAACAACAACACCACCCUGGAAGAGAGAUCAUUCAAGCUCCCUGAUUAUUGCACUGUCUACCAGACAGAGCUCACUGCAAUCAUUGAAGCCUGCAAACCCGCAGUCCACCUAAUCACGGGCCACUGUGGCUUAAACAAACACCUCCACACCAUCCGCAAAUCAAGCACCAGUGCUUGUCCCAUGUGCGGAGACGGAGAGGAGACAGUCACACACUUUCUUGGACAGUGCCCAGCUAUUGCCCAACUAAGAGGUCAAUACUUUCGGGACUACUACCUCUCGGUCAACGACAUAUUCGACAACCACCACAUUACCACAAUCGUCAACUUCACAAACCGCACCAAACGCUUAAUAGUACCAGAAGAACUGGAUCAGACUGGCGUAACUUAG